UAUUUUUUUGCAAGAUGUAUUCAUAUAUUUUUCAGGCAGUUAUUCAAUUUCUCUCAUUGCAAGGCCAAGGUGCAAGUUUAAAGUUGAAUGAUGGCUGAAUUUUAAUUAGACAGCGGGCAAUCAGUCUUACUCUGACAAUUCAAGGUUUUGCAGGAAGCUCAUCACGAUGAAACAAUUGGCAUUUGUUGAUUUGUUUGAGGAUAUUUUAUAAUGCUAUCUAAUAAAAAGUAACUUUUCUUUUUGACUGCAGCUGUAAGUGAUAAGAAUGCAUGCAGGUUGUGUUAUAUGCGAUGAGGUCUUCAUGCCCAACAUUGAAGUGUCGGCCACACCGUGUGGUCACAUCUUCCACACCACAUGUGUUUCUCAGUGGUUUGAAAGAUCUGCAACAUGUCCACAAUGUCGUUUCUCCGGCAAGAUGGAGCUCCUACGUCUCUAUUUUGCUGAAAGCAAAAAUGAGAAUAAUCAAGUUGAUGCUGACACUCUGCAAUGUAACCUGGAUAAUGCACAGUUUCCAGUGAGCUUGAAGGAGAAGGAAUUGAAGAAAUUAAAAGAAGACGUUACAAAACAGAAAGAAAUAAGUGAUAAACUGAGGAAGGAGGUGAUUAAGCUGGAGAAGGAGCAUGCCCUGCAGGAGAGGCAGCUGAGCUCCAUGAAGGCGCAGCUGCAGGUGCUCAGCGACGCCCAGCAGCGCAGCAAGGACCUCAGGCUGGAGCGAGACACCGCCAGGGCCAAGCUCAGCAGCCUGCAGGAGUGA